AUGACGACUACAAUAACAUUUCACUCAAUAUUUAGAGAUAAAUAUAUUAGACAAUUGAUAUUCAAUCGGAUAGAUGAUGAUAAUCUUGGAGGAUCAUUAAAAGGAAGAGAUAUCAUCAAAUUACCUCGACUCGAAAUGAUAUCAAAGUAUGCAAUGCCUUGGCACUUUCUAUGUCAUUAUCUACCAUCGGAUUGUAAUCAAAUACUACUUAAUAGAAGAAGAUUAGCUAUCACUCAAUACUGUUGUCAUCGUAAUGCAACAUUGGAUACACUUACUCAUCUUGUGGAAUGGUCAACUGACUUUGAAUUUAAGUGGCAGUACUUGAACAAAACAAUCAAGAAACAAUACAUACAUUUUAGUCAAGAGAUAUUGGAAUAUCUAAUCAAGAGAUGUAUGCAUAGGAAUCAUGAUUUUUUCGAGAAUGCUAUGAACAUUGCAAUCAAGACCAGUUAUCUAUCAAUUGUAAAGAUGUUACACUCGACCAAAGGUAUAAAACUCAAUAGUGGACACAUGUUUUUGGCUUGUGGAACAUCUUCAAUUGAAGUAGUAAAGUAUAUACAUGAUAGUGGAGUUACUAAAUGUAAAGAUGCAAUGAAUGAAGCUGCAAAAAAUAGUUUAGAGAUUGUAAAGUUUUUUCAUGAUAAUAGAACUGAAGGUUGUUCAGAGAAUGCAAUGAAUGUUGCCGCACUUAAAGGUAAAUUAGAUAUAGUAAAAUUUCUUCACUUCAAUCGUAGUGAGGGAUGCACAACCGAUGCUAUAGAUUCAGCAUCGAUGAAGGGACACAUUGAAAUUGUAAAGUUCCUUCAAGAACACCGUAGUGAAGGUGCGUCAACUUGGGCUGUUGAUUGGGCAUCAAUGAGUGGUCACAUUGAUGUAAUAAAGUACCUUUAUGAGCACUCAAUCCAAGGUGAAACACCCAUGAUGUGGGCAUCACAAAAUGGCUCCCUAGAUCUCUUAAAAUAUCUUUAUGAAAAUCAACCCUCAAAAAGUGAUACAAAUGUUGAUGAUGAUGAUGAUGACGGUGAUGAUGAUGAUGAUGAUGAUGAUAUCGAAAUAGAUCGUGAAGUCAUAUCAAAUGGAAACAUUGAAAUGGUAACUUAUCUUGUUGAAACUGUCAAAGCAAAAUGUACAAAAGAUGGUUUGUUGGCAGCAUUGGAAUACGAUAAAUUGGAUAUUUUCUAUUAUCUCUAUGACCGUUUCUUGAGUGCUGACAGUACUAUUUGGACGAUAAAUAACAUUAUUAAUGAAGCUGCUAGAUAUGGUCACAUUGAAAUUAUAAAGUUUCUUCAUUUCAACAAAACAAGUGAAAGUGCAACAACAGAUGCUAUGGAUUAUGCUGCUCGAUUUGGACACAUUGAAAUUGUCAAGUUCCUUCAAGAGCAUCGUAGUGAAGGUGCAACUAUGUGGGCUAUGGAUUAUGCAGCUGAAAACGGCGACAUUGAAAUGGUAAAGUUCCUUCAUGAGCAUCGUAGUGAAGGUGCAACAACCAAUGCUAUGGAUUGGGCAUCAAUGAAUGGUGAUAUGGAAAUGGUUCAAUUUUUACAUGAUAAUCGUAGUGAAGGAUGUACAGAAAGGGCUCUCGAGUAUGCUUGUAUUUAUGGCCAUGUAGAAACAGCAUCAUUUCUGAUCGAUACCAGAAAUGUGAAAUGUAAUGAAAAUGUACUCCAAAAAGCAUCCAAUAAUGGGCGAUAUGAUAUAGUCAAGUUGAUUCUACCUCAAUUCAAAGAUAAAGAGGGAAUCGAAUCAAUUAAAAGAGUCAUUAAAACUAUGAAAUAUAAAUCCCACUAUGAAACCAAACAAUUACUCAUAGAUUAUUUAAAUCAACUCAAAAGUGAUAAUAACCAAGAAGAUAAUAAUAAUCCUUUAAAGAGCCUAAUAGGUUGGAUAAAGUCCACCAUUUUGUGA